CGCGUUUGGGUCUCCUCAUUUAUUAUGAUGACCAGCGGGCUGGCCAGGUUAAAUAGGCUCAGGCUGGCGUCGCGGCAUCUGCCGCCCUCCCUCCCUUCUCCUCGCCCGGACAGGAGCCGGCAGCUGCCGCUGGACCAGCCACCUCCCUCCACCUCCUCCUUUCCCGGUGGCGGCGGGAGUGGUGGUGGUGGUGGAACCGCUCGAGGAGGGAGAGGUAGCGGCCGGAGGCAGAGUCGAGCAGCGCCCCGCAGCUCCAGCCGGCGGCUUGCGCGGACGGGCGGCGCGUAGAGUUCCCGCGCUCAGGAAUGGAGUCCAGGAAAGAGUGAAGCCGCGGCGGCUGGCUGGCCGGCCGGCCGGCAUCUGGGUUGGCGCGAGCAGCAUGGCAGACCCCGGGGCGCAUGAGCAGACACGGAAUAUGGGAACUCAGCACCAAAUAAAAGUGGAUGUUCCUGACCAUGUUCUAUACACUGUAGGCUCUUGUGUUCUUGUAAUCGGUUGUAUUGGAAUUGCAGGAAACCUCCUUGUCUUUUAUGCAUUUUACAGCAACAAGAGGCUGAGGACUCCACCGAACUAUUUCAUAAUGAAUUUAGCAGCAAGUGAUUUCUUGAUGUCUGCAACUCAGGCUCCCAUAUGCUUUCUCAACAGCAUGCACAGAGAAUGGGUCCUUGGAGAUACAGGUUGCAACCUGUAUGCUUUCUGCGGGGCACUCUUUGGAAUAACCUCAAUGAUGACCUUAUUAGCUAUUUCAGUUGAUCGCUACUGUGUGAUUACUAAGCCUCUGCAGUCCAUAAAAAGGACUUCAAAGAAGCGCACAUGUCUAAUCAUUGUUUUUGUCUGGCUCUACUCGCUGGGAUGGAGUGUGUGUCCACUUUUUGGGUGGAGUUCCUAUAUACCUGAAGGCUUGAUGAUAUCUUGUACUUGGGAUUAUGUGACCUAUUCUCCAGCAAACAGAAGUUAUACCAUGAUGUUAUGCUGCUGUGUGUUUUUUAUCCCACUGGUCAUCAUCUUCCAUUGCUAUCUAUUCAUGUUUCUGGCUAUAAGAAAUACUGGCAGGAAUGUUCAGAAAUUGGGAUCAACAUAUAACCGGAAAUCCUCUGUCUCACAAUCUAUAAAGAGUGAAUGGAAGUUGGCAAAAAUUGCCUUUGUGUCCAUUGUUGUGUUUGUCCUAUCAUGGUCUCCAUAUGCUUGUGUUACUCUCAUUGCAUGGGCUGGCUAUGCCAGGACUUUAACUCCAUAUUCUAAAUCUGUGCCUGCUGUUAUCGCCAAAGCUUCUGCAAUCUACAAUCCCAUAAUCUAUGCAAUUAUUCAUCCAAGAUACAGGAGAACAAUUCGAAAUACUGUUCCUUGCCUGAGGUUUCUUAUACGGAUAUCAAAAAGUGAUCUUUCAACAAGUUCUAUAAAUGACUCGUCGUUCAGGGCCUCUGUGUCCAGCCGUCAUUCUUUCGUUUCCAGGAACAAAAGCAGUUGCAUUUCCUCUAUUUCUGGUGCAGAAGCAGCUUGGAGUGAUGUGGAGCUUGACCCUGUUGAGGUGGGCCAAAAGAGGCAUCAAGGGUAUCGAAGUAACUCUUUUUCAACCAAAGCAACAGAAGAAACGAGUGGAUUACUCCUGAAGUCUCAUAGCUGCCCUUCACCUAUUAAAGAAAAGGUUGCUCUGUCCUCCAUCAGUUUGGAGGAACCACGUCGGCAGUCUUUAGGACCGAAGCCUCCAGAACUACUCCUCUUAAGCAGUUCUUUGAGAACAUGUUCUCUUCCAUUCGGAUUGAAUAGUAGCAGCACAGGGGAGAGUACAGAUACAUCUCAAGUAGAAGUUCAAGAAAGCCAAAUAAACGGAAGUCUAGACUCCUUCAUAAACCCUACCCUUCCACAAAUAGUUAUUGUUCCUACCUCAGAGACCACUCUCUCUGAAGGGCAAGCGGACCUUGGAAAUGGACAGGAAGAAAACGCUGAUUUAUUCUUCUCUCAAGGAAAGAAUCAUCUGUUGGACAUAGGAAGGCUUAGCUCCUCCACUGAACUUCUGGAAGCAAUUGAAACACUUCUGUCAUAAUUAUAGAAGAGAACAAUUCUCUGGUCUCCUGUACUGCUUCUUUGCAUUAUUAUACCAAAAAUAAACUCAAGAGCCUUGUAGAUUUAAAAAGAGCAUUUUUACUAUAUUUUUAAUGCACUUGUUAGACCAUUCCUGAAUUUUAUGCACUUUGCAGAAGAAAACUACAGUGAUAGAUGCUGAAGGCCCAAAGCAUAUGUAGCUUAGAUAGCAAGCAUUUGCCAGCCAAAUCACCUUGCAUUUCUUAGCAAAUGCAUUUGGGAUAGAUUUUCAAUAUUUUGAUACCUUUUUGAGCACUGCCAUAGCUGGAAUACCCAGCAAGAUUGCAGCCAGCCAUGGCUACAGAUUCUGAGGUUAAGUCACAAAAGAAGUCUAGGGUAAAGUUGCUAAUAUGUAUCUCACAAUGCACCAUCUCCAGUAAUUUCUCUAUCCUGAUUUCAACCCUCAGCUGAAAGAUGAUGGGUCCUUGCAAGCACGGCUGAGGAUCACAUGCUACAGUUGCUCAAAGACCUGGAACUUGUUGACUUUUCCUUCUGACUUGCCAAAUGGUCUGUUGACCAAUCAUCCUGAAACUGUGAUCAAAAGAAUGAGAAAUGAGAGUAACAAGUGGCCACUAGGAAUGUCCUGCUGUCAGACAAGCAUUCCAGUUCUUCUGAGAUAAUAAAUUAAUUUGGAAAAAGUUCCUGUAUGCAAUGAAAGUGACAAAAGCUAUGCAUAGGCAAUAUAUAGUUUAGCACAACUUGUAUGUCCAAAUGUAAAAACAUCAGCAUUCAUUAAAUCACUGGUGAUCAAAGACCUCUUCCUAUCCCAGUGGUAGCAGCUCAAUAAAAAAAUAACAGGAAGCAAGACUAUUGUGCAAAACUACUACAGUACUAGUACUUCUCCUAGUAGCAUUCUAACAGUGGCAGAGAAAAAAAGUUAGAUUGUGGUUAAUUAUGUGUGGCAUUUAGUACUGAAAUCACUGUUGAAUUCUCACAGUUGACUUUACUCACUAAUGACAAUAAUAAAAAAAACCA